CUAAACUGACCCCAAUGGCCAUAUUUCGAUCUUUUAACUUCCCAAGGUUUCAUUACUUACAGCUGGGCUGACUGAGUGUCUUCCUUUUUCCGCCACGCCGACCAAGCACAAGAUCCUGGUUCGAGCCUUUCGCUAAUUUUCAAGGAUCAAGAUGAAGAAACCCGCCGCCGUGGUCAAUGAGGUCAAGGCCAAGAAUCCGAUGCGCGAGACGCGGAUCCGCAAGUUGUGCCUCAACAUCUGUGUGGGCGAGAGCGGUGAUCGUUUGACGCGGGCGGCCAAAGUGUUGGAACAGCUCACGGGUCAAACCCCAGUUUUCUCCAAGGCCCGCUACACGGUCCGAUCCUUCGGUAUCCGUAGGAACGAGAAGAUCGCCGUCCAUUGCACGGUUCGCGGACCCAAGGCCGAAGAGAUCCUCGAGCGAGGCCUCAAGGUGCGCGAGUACGAGUUGCGCCGUGAGAACUUCAGCCAGAACGGUAACUUCGGCUUUGGCAUCCAGGAGCAUAUCGAUCUGGGCAUCAAGUACGACCCGUCCAUCGGUAUCUACGGUAUGGACUUCUACGUGGUCAUGGGUCGCGCUGGCAUGAACGUGCGUCAUCGUCGCCGGAAGACUGGCCGCGUCGGCACCUCACACCAAUUGGUCAAGGAUGAUGCCAUGAAGUGGUUCCAACAGAAAUAUGAUGGAAUUAUCUUGGCCGGAAAGAAACAAUAAACGCCGUGUAUGUGUUGCCCCUUCUGAUCCGUU